UUCAUGUUUCGCAAACUUCGAGGAGAACCUCCUCUAAACUGAAGGAGAGGCAGCCGAACAGGUAUAGAAAAAAAAAAUGACAUAAUUCCGAAUUGAGGCAAGCAAGGAAUUCGUUUGAUUUUUAUUAUUGAACAUUAUAAGAUAAAAUAGAAGAAAAGAGACCGCCAAACAGGCAUAGAAGUUAUCACAAAAAUCCGAAUUGAGGCGAGCAAGCAACUCGUUUGAUUUUUAUUUUUAUUAUUUAACACUAUAAGAGGGGUUUCAUAUUGAAUCCUCUCAUAGAAGUGGAGGGAAGACACGAAGCAGAGGAGGCAACGAACACAAGGAGGCUAUGGAGGACUGAAACCGGAGCAGGCGAAGGUUGGGGUAGGAUUUUAUUGAUUCUUUCAAGAUCAAUAUGGAAUCUGCCGAAGAGAAUGGUAAUAAAAUUUCUGUUUCCAAUUCUUAUUCGGCUCCAAUUGCAUCAUCACCACCGUCCCAAUCUGUAGUCAUGUCCACGACUGGAACACCCAUGAAGCUUGUCCCCAUACACAGGCUUUAUAAGGAUACCACUUCUACUUCUGAGGACUCCAGAGUCAGCAUUGCCAAUGGUAUUGAAAAUGCUAAGGUGAGUUCAAGCAAGGGCAAGGCCAGGAAGCUUCUGGAAACCAAUAAGAGUAAGGACCUCUCGUUAACUUAUGGUAAUAAAAUCGAAAAAUCAAUGUUAGUUUAUUGUAGGAGAAGGAAAAAGGGUGCCAUAAAAUCCAAUACCCACAUGUGUAAUGGCAAAAUAACUUACAACGACAUGGAUAACGGCAUUGGUUCUCCAAGAAAAUCUAACACCCAGAUGGAUGGUGGCAUUGGUUCUCCCCAAAAUUCUUGCUCCCACGUGGAUGAUGGUAUUGCUUCCAUUCCCACUCUUUCCUUCACGGAGGGACUGAUACAAUUAGUUAAACUGAAGCAGGAUCGUCAAACUCUGGACAAUGAUAGAAAUGGCAAUGUAGAUGAGGUUAGGAGGCCUGAUAAUGAGCUGGGAAGUAGGGAUGCUAUGAUGGAGGAUAAAAAUUUCGUGGACAUUGUUGAUGAUGGCGAUGAUGAUGUGGUAGUGCAUUGUGGGGAAAUUGAUGGUGGUGGAGGAUUAAAUGGCAUUGAAAGUGGAGAUCAUGGUGGGAUUGGGAAAUUGAAGAAAUUCGACUCCCAUGUCAAUGCCAGGAGUGGCAACGGCAGUGGGUCGAUGAAGAGGAAGAAGCUACAGAAGAGCACAUUUGAGGGAAUCGAUUUGCUUCCUGAUAAGAGGAGGAAGCUGGAAGAUAGAAUGUGGUUGAGGGAACGUGGGGCUCGUAUGCAACGAGCUGCCAAGCUUGCAUCAAAUGGGAAUUUACAGUCUGUAAAACGAAGAGAGAGUUUGCCUGCUUCAGUUGCAAAACCAGAGGCCCGGGGGAGGGAGCAAAUUGCGGCUUCAAACAAAAGGAAGUGGAUUGAGGUCGGUAUUACUGAAGUUGAUCCAAUGGCUUUACUUGAAUACAUGUGCAAGGUCUAUUGGCCUUUGGACGAUAAGUGGUAUUCUGGAGCUAUUGAUCAAUACGAUUCAAAAAACAAGAAGCAUCAUGUUAAAUAUGUUGAUGGGGAAGAGGAAUGGGUGCUCCUGGUAGAGGAGAAAUUGAAGCUUUUUGUUUCAGGAGAGGAAAUGCGCAAAUUGCAUUUGAAGAACAAAGAACAGAUGCGAAUUAAUGAAAUGAUGAACAAUUUAGAUUAUGAUGAGAUGGCUGCCUUAGCUGCAACAAUGGAUGAUUAUCAAGGGGAACCUGGCCAUGGGGAUGUGAUAUGGGCGAAAAUUACUGGACAUUCCAUGUGGCCAGCUUUUGUCAUGGAUGAACUGCAUGCAAAUGCUUGUGAUGGAUUAGAACCAGCCACAAGAGAGGGUUCUAUUCCAUUGCAGUUUUUUGGAAGCUAUGACUAUGCAAGGAUCAAUUCUAAGCAGAUUAUGCCAUUUUCCAGAGGUUUCCAACGCAACUUACAAUCUAAGAACAAAACCUUAGUCUUUUUGCGAGCAUUACGGGAGGCAUGGAGGUAUCUUAAGGAUAUAAAGCUUCCGGAAGCAAUGUCAAAAUUACAAAUGCAAGUUGUAAAUGCUGGUAGUGAGAGAGAAAAUGAGAGAAAUUCUGAACAGAGUGAUGGUGAUGAAGAUUGCAUGGGGGAUGAAAGGAGUGAAAAAAUCAAGAAAAGUGUCGAGUGCCUUUUCUCUUGCCCUAUUGUUACUGGUGGUCUUCGUGUUUUAAGUUUAGGAAAAAUUGUAAAAGAUUCAGAACAUUUUCAUGAUGAGCAUCAUAUAUGGACUGAGGGAUACACUGUUAUACGGAAAUUUACUUCUAUAAAAGGUCCAGGUAGGUAUGCAGAAUACAAGAUGGAAGUUUUGAGAAAUCCUCUGCAAAGGAAUAUGCCACUCUUCCGUAUCACAUUGGAAGAUGGAGCAGAGAUUGAUGGAUCCACUCCAACUGAAUGUUGGAAGAAAAUAUAUGCAAGAGUAGAGAAGUCAAAACAAAAAAUUGGUAAUGGUUUGAAAGCUCAUCUGGAGAAAAGACGGCCAUAUAAGUCUGGUUCAUAUAUGUUUGGAUUUUCAAAUAAACGUAUAGCUAGUCUUAUCCAGGCUUUACCACAUGCCCGGGCAUGCUCAAAGUACAUGAAUUGGGAUGACAAGCUUGCAAUGCAAAACUGUGAUGAGGUAUUGCCUGCAGGCUAUAGGCCUGUUAAUGUUCAGUGGAAAGACCUUGAUCGGUGCAGCGUAUGCCACAUGGAAGAGGAAUAUGUGAACAAUGUGUUUCUUCAGUGUGACAAAUGUAGAAUGAUGGUGCAUGCAAAUUGCUAUGGUGAGCUAGAACCAGUAGAUGGGAAACUUUGGCAUUGUAAAUUGUGCCGUCCAGGAGCACCCAAAAGAUGGCCUGCAUGUUGUUUGUGUCCCAUCACUGGAGGUGCAAUGAAGAAAACAACCUGUGGACGUUGGGCUCACUUAACUUGUGCAACAUGGAUCCCAGAGACUUGCCUUGUGGAUAUCAAAAGAAUGGAACCAAUUGAUGGAGUAAAUAGAAUUAGUAAGGACCGUUGGAAGUUAAUAUGCAGUAUUUGUGAGGUACCAUACGGAGCAUGUAUUCAGUGCUCUGAACACAAUUGCCGUGUAGCUUAUCAUCCACUUUGUGCCCGUGCAGCAGGACUUUGUGUUGAGGUUCUGGAAGAUAAAAGGGUUAGACAUACAGGGAACGCUCAUGAGGAAUGUGAACAACUGCGCUUGCUUUCAUUUUGCAAGAAGCAUAGGCAACCAACAGAUGAGCGGAGUCCAACAGAUCAAGAAGGAUCCUUAGCUAUGCGAGAUUGCUCAGCAUAUGUUCCUCCUUCCAAUCCUUCCGGUUGUGCUCGUUGUGAACCAUAUAAUUUCUCUGAAAGGCGGGGUCGAAAGGAACCUGAAGCAGCUUCCAUCAAACGGUUGUUUGUGGAAAAUAGGCCAUAUUUGGUAAGUGGUUGCUGUAGAAAUGGUCCAUGGGAAGACAUGGAGGUUAAUGCUAGACAUGGUCUAGAAUCUGCACACCAGAAUUCAAGUAGGCAGCAUGUGGAUGGCUCCCGAAAUUUUAUAUCAGAUAAAUAUGAUCACAUGCGUGCUACCUUCAGGAAAAGACUAGCAUUUGGAAAAUCAGGUAUACAUGGGUUUGGUAUUUUUGCAAAACAACCACACAAAGCAGGGGACAUGGUCAUUGAAUACACUGGGGAGAUUGUCAGGCCAAUUAUUGCAGAUAUUAGAGAGCAUUUCAUAUAUAAUUCCUUAGUUGGUGCAGGCACUUACAUGUUUCGCAUUGACGAGGAGCGCGUCAUAGAUGCCACUAGAGUUGGUAGUAUUGCUCAUCUAAUCAAUCAUUCAUGUGAGCCUAACUGUUAUUCAAGGGCCAUUAAUGUAUGUGGUGAAGACCGCAUCAUUAUAUUUGCGAAACGAGAUAUAAAGCAAUGGGAAGAACUGACUUAUGAUUACAGAUUUUUCUCUAUAGAUGAACAGUUAGCUUGCUAUUGUGGCUUCCCAAGAUGCCGUGGAAUUGUCAAUGUUAAUGACAACGAGGAGCAAGUAGGAACAAUCAGUGUGCCACGCAGGGAAUUAACUGACUGGACACCUGACGAUUGUGAAUGAAAAGAACUUGAUCAAAUGCAGUGAUUACUUUCAGUUGGAUUGUUAUUUGCAGAUCUUUCACUAUAUGGUCAUUUAUCCAGUUGUUUUUUCAAAAAUCUUGGAGUUCACAGCUUACAUAGUCCGUAGUGGUUAAUAUUUGUGCCCCAUAUGUUAAGAGAACAGCUCUGAUGAAGAGGGACUAAAAUGAGGGUGCGGAUACUGAAGUAUAAUCAGUUUACUAUUAAGAUAAUGUUUGAUAUGCAGUUUCUUUAUGUUAAUGGGACUGUAUAUCAUGUCUGUUGAGGACAAUUUAUUGACAUUCAAUUCUCUACAUUUUAAGUUUGAGCUACUGAAAAUGGUUAUUCAUUGAGAAGUUUUUGUAUUGCAGAAGAAUCAUGUCCCGCUUCUAUAUACAAAUAACAUCAACAUGGGGAAAGGUUGUAAUGGCUUCCAUUGAGAUUUAGAACAUCAACUUGGGAAAAGCGUGCUGUCUUUUAAGCCCUUUGUAACAUCAACUUUGUGAAAGCCUCUUGGUAAUUGAAAUUGCUGAUUACCUUUGAGCUGAUAAAAAGGGAUGUUAAGGAUAUUAGCCAAAGCCAGGGCUUUGAAACUGCUUGUUGCUAAAGGUGGUGAAUGGUUGCAGUCCAUGAUUUUGGAAUGUUAUACCUAUUUGGCAUUUGGAUGCAGUCUUCUUCUGUCUCAGUAUAAUAUAAGAAGGUAAAGAGCAUAUAAUCGUGGGUAAUUUUGAGUACAACUACACCCAGAUUGAAAAGAAGAAACACAUCCAACUACUGAAUCUGCUCUUCUAGAAAGUGGAGUGACACCCAAUGAGAGUUUUGCAACAUUUAUUGCGCAUGUAAAAUGUAUGAUUAGUAAUUCCAUCUAUUGAUUUGUUCUCCAAGUUUUCAUCUUAA